GGGGAGGAGAUGCGAGGAGAAGCCUGGGGCGAUGGAGACACAGAGACAUCAGCAGAAGUUUCUCACCUUGGAAAGUGAGGGAAGCUCCCGCAUCUCCAGCUCAUCCUCACCUCUGCGCCAGAGGACCUUAGGCUACUUUCUCCGCCUUAUCUUGCCUAGGGGACUGCUGAUAGUCUCUGUCCUUGCUGCCCUGUUUAAUGUUACCUUCCAGGGGAAAGAGAGCAAGGAACAACUGGGUGCUAAGAAACUGACCCCAGGCCCUGCGGGCCUCUGGAGAGAGGAGACAGAGGAGGAGUGGCUGGGGCUGGGGGUCUCCAUGCGUGGGCCAUGGACAGAGCGGCGCUCCUGGCCCUGCCCAGCUUGUGUGCGCUGUGGGCAGCCGUGCUGUCGCUGCUCCCCUGCGGAACCCAGGGCAACUGGAUGUGGUUGGGCAUCGCCUCUUUCGGGGUACCGGAGAAGCUGGGCUGCGCCGACUUGCCGCUGAACAGCCGCCAGAAGGAGCUGUGCAAGAGGAAACCGUACCUGCUGCCUAGCAUCCGCGAGGGCGCCAGGCUGGGCAUUCAGGAGUGCAGAAGCCAGUUCCGACACGAGAGGUGGAACUGUAUGGUCGCCACUACCACUUCCACCCAGCUCGCCACAGCCCCCCUCUUUGGCUAUGAGCUGAGUAGCGGCACCAAGGAGACAGCAUUCAUUUAUGCCAUCAUGGCAGCGGGCCUGGUGCACUCUGUCACCAGGUCAUGCAGUGCAGGCAACAUGACCGAAUGUUCCUGUGACACCACCUUGCAGAAUGGUGGCUCACCAAGUGAAGGCUGGCACUGGGGAGGAUGCUCGGAUGAUGUCCAGUACGGCAUGUGGUUCAGCAGAAAGUUUCUAGAUCUUCCCAUCAGAAACACCACAGGAAAAGAAAGCAGAGUCCUGCUAGCCAUGAAUCUACACAACAACGAAGCGGGGCGGCAGUUACCAGAAAACAUCAAGCAACCACUGCAGCCCACACUAACUGCUUAACGUUAAUUAAGAACCGCAGCAGAGAAGAUACAGGGCACACCUUUUGGAGAGUUUCGGCAAGAUCUUUAAAUAUACUUAUUUUUCCACUUUCAUUCCUCUGUUUUUCUAAGAUUAUCUUGCUGAGUUAUAAAGACUUUAUAUCAUAUAUCACCAAUUUAUGUAAGACAAGUGUCUUAACCACGCUGUUUAUUUUUCCAUAAAAUUGGAAUCACAACUAAGUACUUGUUCAUUAACUACAUAUUAAGUAAAAAGAAUUUCUUGCUAUAAAACCAGAUCAAGUACGUGAUUUGUGAAAAUCUGUUCCAAGAAACACUGAUGCGGGCAAAGUGGAAGUGUGUGUGUGUGUGUGUGUGUGUGUGUGUGUGUGUGUGUGUGUGUAUGUGUGUGUGUGUAGCCUGAAACUCCUCGUUUCAUAAAAUUCUCCAAGCAGUAACUGUCCUGCUCAACUUCAAUUCCGAGUUCUAUCUCUGGAAUAUUAUGGGGACAAAUUGUAUGUGAAAUGUGUGGAAUUCUUCUCCUCGAAGUUCAUUUAUAUAUGUAAAUUCUUGGAGAGAAAAAUAUGUGUCACAUCUGUGAUAAGAAUACUAUUUCUGGGCUGGAGAUAUGGCUCAGCCAUUAAAUGCUAGGCUCACAACCAAAAAUAUAAGAAUAUUUCUUCUACUCACAUUAGGGACAAUUUUGAUUAAAAGUCAUAGAACUAGAAGUUUAAAAACAUAAUAGUGGAAAUUCAGGAACACUGAGAUUUAAAAAGAGUUGUUCUCUAGAGUAGGAAAAUCCCUCAAAAUCCUAAUUUAAGCUUAGUAGCUGACAAAAUCAAAUUUGCAAGUCUCUUUUCUUAUUCUUGCAAACCCUGAAGCAGUUGGGUGGACUCACACUGGCUGGGACAGUUAUGAGGGAGCUGGAGGCCAGCCCGUCAGCUUCUGGGCUUGGGGAGGGAGGGGGGGGGCACUGACCCCACCAGCAGUGACUUUGCUUGCUGUCACCUCUUCUCAGUCAGGUAAGCCACUGCGGAUGUUUUAAAACUGCUUUGUGUGAGUGAACAGUUCAAAGGUCAUUUAUUUGAUGUGCCAUCCACUCUGUCUUUGGUGCUUUGCAAACCAACAACACCCAUGUCUAAAGUAGAGAGUAAAAGGAAGUUGGGCUCUCUCUCAGUCAUGAUCUGAAGGGACGGCAGCUUUAAAUCAGCAAGUGAUGACUAUCAGGAACGCUGAUCUGGUUUAAACAUACACUUAUCUUACUCUCAGGUCUGGGCUUCUCGGACAAUUUAUUUUAUUACCUACACUAACUGAGUUCUCUCCCCCCCCCCCCCGUAUCCAUUACCACU